UAUUUACUGUAAACAGAAAACUAUAAGAAAGAUGCAUUUUUUUGUUUAUCGUUCUAUGAGGGUUUCACCUAAUAAUUUCACCUUCACAUUUCUUUUUAAGUCAUGUAAGUCUUAUGAUGAUCUUGAUACUGGGAGAGAAUUACAUGCCCAGGUUGUGAAAUUUGGAUUUUGGGGUCAUGUUUUUGUUCAGAAUACUGUUUUGGAUUUCUACUCCAAGUGUAGUGGGAAUGUGGGUAGUGCAUUAAAGGUUUUUGAAGAAAUGUCUGAAAGAGAUGUUGUUUCUUAGAAUUCAAUGGUUUGUGCUUAUAUGAAUCACGGUGAGAUGAAGCUGGCAAUUGAGUUGUUUAAGUCUGUGGAAGAGAGGAAUACUGUUUCAUGGAAUUUGGUUAUCAGUGGUUUGGCAAAGAGAGGAGAAAUGGAUUCGGCGAGGUUGUUGUUUGAAGAGAUGAUAAAUUGGAUUGCUGUGACCAAGAAUGCAAGGUUGGGUCUUGAUAAUGAAGUAGCCUGGAAUGCUAUGAUUUCUGGUUAUACGAGGAAUGGUGAUGUGAAGAAUGCAAGGUUGAUUUUUGAUCGAAUGGCGGUGAAAUCUGUAGUUUCUUGUACUGCUAUGAUUUCAGGAUACGCUAAAGUUGGUGAUGUUGGAGAAAUGAACAGCCUUAUCUAUUCAAUGCCUGUUAAGAAUGUCAUUACCUGGAAUGCGAUGAUAUCAGGUUUUGUUCAGAAUCAUAUUUUUGAUCAAGCAUUGGAAGUUUUUCACAGGAUGUUGAUUUAUGGUGAGUGUAAGCCGGACGAGACUACUCUUUUGAGUGUUCUCUCUGCCUGUAACCACCUAGGUGGUCCUGAACAAGGAAAAUGGAUCAAGUCUUAUAUUCAAAAGUGGGAUAUUGAAAUUCCUACUUCAUUAGGGAAUGCCUUGAUAGACAUGUUUGCAAAAUGUGGUGAUCUUGAAAGCGCAAUGUCAAUGUUCAAUCAGAUGAGAAAGAAGUGCAUUAUCACAUGCACAUCAAUGGUUGCAGGCUUAGCCUUUAAUGGGAAGUGUAAAGAAGCUUUAGAUCUCUUCGAUGUGAUGUGUGCUGAAAGAAUACAGCCAGAUGAUGUCAUCUUCAUUGCUGUUCUCUCCGCUUGCACUCAUGGGGGACUGGUUGAAGAAGGAAAACGGGUUUUUAGUCAAAUGGUGAAACAGCUCAACAUUGUUCCUCGAAUUGAGCAUUAUGGAUGCAUGAUCAAACUUCUUAGUCGAGCAGGGAAACUAGAGGAAGCAUACACGUUAAUUACGAGUAUGUCAAUGAUUCCAAAUGCUGUUCUUUGGGCUAAUUUACUUGGUUUUUCUAAGUUGUAUGGACAAAGAGAGAUGUUAGAGGUCGUGACAAAGAAGAUCCUCGAACUGGAGCCGUCAAAUCCUGCUUAUUUAACGAUGAUUUCAGAUUUGAAUGCAUCGAUCGGCCGUUGGGAGGAUGUUUUCAGUGUUAGAGCAGCAAUGAGUAAGGAAGGAAUCCAGAAAGUUCCCGGUAGUAGCUCAAUUCAAGUGGAAAAUGAAUUUCACGAGUUUCUGGUUGAGGACACCAAACAUGAAAAUAGGAUGGAGAUCUUUAAAACUUUAGGUUCUCUCAUGAUCAGUUGAAAACAGUUGGAAUUACGGAAAUAUGAGGAUUACUUGAGCAGAUAGAUGGUGCUAAAAGAUAUUGUUCAACUGGAAAGAAGUAUUUCUGUUUGAUCUUGAAACAGCAUAAGUGAUAUAAGUGGUUAAAGAAAUUCAUGAAUGCUAACCAAGAGGGCUUCAUGGUUUAGUAGACAAGUUUACUGAAGACGUGGAAACUUCAAGGUAGACCUAAAAGAAGAAAAAGACUGCCACACAGCUGAUGGAGGUUGUUCACAUGCUGGCCCGUAAACUACAUACUUCCAACGAAGGACUUCAGCUCUUUCUUUCGGUCAUAACUAGCAGGGACCUUUUUACAUCAAACAAUGUCUAUGUUUGAUGAUUCUAGAAUGGUCCAUGUCAGAUGUUGACUCAUCAUCUUCUAGGAGAUGCUCUGCUAAGGAGUGAAAUUUGGUAAUCCUGCCUGUGAAUGGUUUGUUCAAGGAUGUGAUCCGAAGCACAAAGAGUAAUUAUCAAAAUAAAUUGCUACAUGGACACACUUUGAAGUUAAAGGAAUUCCAUGGUUCACCAACCGAAAGAAACCCCAAGUCCCCGAUGCGUGUCGAACUUCAUCAAUAAUUUCCUUGCGUCGGUGAUGGUCAUCUGGAUCCACGCUUUUCAUAUCAA